UUUUUAAUUCUGCUUGAAGAUCUAAGGGAAUACAGAACAGUAGUGAAGCUGGCAGAGYCAGACCAAAGAGGCCUUCCGUCUUGGUUCCAACGCCCARCCCCACUCCCUCCCUUGCUGCCCUCUGAAUAUCUCCAGUUGAAGUGUGGGAAUUUUUCUUUUCUUUURCCUUCUCACAGCUUGCAGGGCCACCURCGCUUCCCUUUGUGAAUUUUUCCUCUCUGGGCAGAAGGAAGGAUGUCUUUGCUCCGGACUGUUAUAUUUUUUCUGACUUUCCUGAAGCCUCUAGAGACUACUGUAAAGGAAGGUGCUGCUGCUCCAUUUCUUCAYGAGCCUCCUACGUCCUCCGGGAGGGCAGAAAGAGCUGGAGACAUUCAKUCAYCAAGGCGCAUCAUUCCCAAAGAUGCACUGCUGGAGACCCUGGGAGAAUUUGGCAGGGUGAGAAGGUCAGGAUCCCUGGUCAAUUAUAGAGGGUGGCCAUUCUCCGAAGACCAACUGAAAUGGGGAAGGAUGCGGAGGGGAACUGAGGAUGAAGAUUCCCAGCCGUAUGUUCCAGGAGUAAAAGUGGAGUUUCCCCGGCCUGGUAACUCAGGCAACCUCCAUCCAACCAAGGCCUUGGUGCAAUCCAGCACAGACCCAUCAGAAUACCAGCCCCAAAGGAGCCCAGCAGUUCACGGAGCCACAGAACCACAGAAUAACAUGACCAUGGCUCUAGGAAAACGUCCUCAGAUCCAGAACCCUCUGUAUCCAGUCACCGAAAGCUCUUACAGCGCAUAUGCUGUCAUGUUCCUGUCCUUAAUCGUCUUUGCUGUGGGUAUCACUGGGAAUCUCUCCGUAAUGUGCAUCGUCUGGCACAACUACUAUAUGAAAAGUGCCUGGAACUCCAUUUUGGCCAGCCUUGCCUUCUGGGACUUCCUCAUCCUCUUCUUUUGCCUGCCAGUGGUCAUCUUCAAUGAAAUUACCAAGAAGAGACUGCUGGGAAGCCUCUCCUGUCGCAUUGUGCCUUUUAUGGAGGUGUCUUCCUUGGGCGUGACCACCUUCAGCCUCUGUGCUUUGGGCAUUGAUAGAUUCCAUGCAGCCACCAGUCCUCAAGCCAAGCUCCGGCCCAUUGAACAUUGUCACUCCAUCAUUGCCAAGCUCGCUGUUAUCUGGGUGGGUUCCAUGACCCUUUCUACACCAGAAAUCCUCCUCUGGCAGUUGGCACAGGACACCUCUCCAACCUCUGGCAUAGUGACUGACUAUUGCACCAUGAAGCCUUCACAGGAUCUGCCCGAAUCAAUUUAUUCUUUGGUCCUCACUUACCAGAAUGCCAGGAUGUGGUGGUACUUUGGAUGCUACUUCUGCCUACCCAUCCUCUUUACUGUCAGUUGUCAGCUUGUCACCAGAAGGAUCAGCAGCACAGACAAGACUGAUUGCCGUGGUAAUAAGCAUGGGCAGUGUGAGAAUCAACUCAAUUGCACAGUGAUUGGCCUGACAGUCAUCUAUGCUCUUUGCACAAUUCCAGAGAAUGUCAGCAAUAUUGUUGUGGCCUAUCUGUCCCCUGAUAUGUCUAAACAGACCCUGGACCUGCUAAGUCUCGUCAACCAGUUCUUCUUGUUCUUCAAGUGUUCAGUGACUCCUGUGCUGCUGCUGUGCCUCUGCAAACCCCUGGGCCAGGCCUUCAUGGACUGCUGCUGUUGCUGUUGUGAUGAGUGUGGUCAAGAAGCUGCCUCCAAUGAGGGUGGCUCAGAUGGCAAGCUGAAAACAGAGAUGUCCUCGUCCAUCUUCUUUGACAAGCCUCGAGAGUCACCUCCUCCUGUGGGGGCCAUCGGCACCCCUUGCUAAGCUCAAUCAUCCUUUGGGGGGAGCAUUAGCAUUUUUUUAUCAGCUUCUCCCAAGACCAAAUGUUUUCUUCUUCUUUAGUAUGAAUUGGUCAAGUGACUUGACAGUGGAGGUUGGAGUUGGUGUCAUCACCUAUUUGCUGUUCCAACAAGAGUGACUUAAUGACAAGACCUCAGAGACAGCUGUCUUCUCUGCUCAACAGCUAUGAAGGCUGAAAAGGUCUCCUAGACCAACUCCAACCCAAUCCUGGACAUGACGAGAAGGGAUGAUGCCCCAAGUGAGUGAGGUUCAGAGAAAAGAUUAAUUUUAGAAUCAUAGACUCAUAGAGUUGGAAGAGACCACCAGGGCCAUACAGUCAAAUUCCCUGCCAUGCAAUUCCUCCAGAACAGAGAUCAUAGCAUCUUGGACAGGACAUAGUACACACUAACCCCUUCCACUCUUUUUCAGGAUCUCACUUCCCUCUCUCCAGCCCAAGAGAGACUACAUCAUAUACAAAAUAUAAGCACUACCCUAGCCUCAAUAAACCAAUACACUAGGUGGAAAA